CGUUAUGGGUUUGACAUACACAUUUAACUUCCGAAAUCUUAUCUGUGUCAAAUUUGUACAUCAAGCGUCUUGGCAAAUGUAUGAAUAAAUGGAAUAGUGUCAGCGACAUAGAUAAUGAAACAAGAACACGUGUGUCGUCUUCUUAGAUCAAGACCCUGGAAACAAUUCCUUAUCGGGCAUCUACUUUUUGUACACACUUGGUUUUUCGUAAAUGGCAAUCUGUUGUGUCUGUCCUGUCAGGAGGUACUAGAGCCCAAAUAUUGCGAGUACGUCACACUAUGUGGUGACCAUGAGUCGUGUUUCGUGGACAGUUUCGUCACCUCCAAUGGAAACAUACGAUUUAACAGUGGUUGCCGUGACAGUUCGGUUUGCUUGGCUACGGCAUUUCACCCCGCAUCCAUCGAGGGCAGAAGAUCCGGUCAGAUGAUCGUAUGUUCCACUUGCUGUCAGACGCGACUAUGCAAUCAGGGCGGAUGCGGAAAAACAGGAUGGUCGCCGGACAGAGGUCCACUGUGUUACAAUUGUGAGCAGCAGAGACAUCCUACUGACUGCAACAAAGUUCGGCAAUGUCAGAGAAGUCAGGUGUGUUCACUGAUGACAACCGAGAUAGCUGGUGAGAUGGUGCACCAUUCCUCUUGCGAUUACAUGGACGCCUGCUUCGCAGCUAAAUCUCGAGUAUUAGCUUCUUUAUCGAAUUGGGCUGACGGCUGUGUGCAAUGCUGUAACUCGAGUCUGUGUAAUGAUCAUUGUGAAGUCAUUCAGCCUCCUUUAGAAACCUGUAAAGACUUGGUACCUAAUUGUGCAUUUUACAUGCAUGACAGCAAUGCGUGCCAAACCAAUCUUUAUGUGCAGAACAAUUGCCACGGAUCUUGUAGGACAUGCCGCACAGGAGCGACCUAGCCAUAGCCGCAGCCGAUCGCGACCCUUCGGCGCACUGCGAGGCUACCCUGCUGAUGACAUAAGAUUAAAUGUAUUGAACAUUUGGCGUUUUUUUUUUGUAGUCACUUAUUGUAUAAGAGUUAAUCAAUGUUAAAAUUUCAUUAUUUGCAAUCGGAUUUCUGUAACCAAACCAUUAUUCUCAUGGAAUUCGGCCUACCUAUAAAUGACCAUCGAUUAUUUGAAAACGGAUUUAUGUUCCAACUCUGUUGAAAUGCUGGAAAAAUUGUCUUUAUUCAAUAUUUCAUUGAACAUCGGGCGAGUAUUUGUAAACAAGAUUGGAAAUAGAAAA